CAGUUAUUCAUUGAACUUCAUAUUGCAUCUGAUACUAUCCGUGUUUUAUUGAACAUAAACAUAAAUGAGUAUCUGGCACUUGUCCAGUCUGCCAGUCCGGUCUGUCGGACCUCCUGCCAGGAUUUCAUCUGGUUUGUUCUUUCGGUCAAGAUACAUUUAAAAUGCAAAGAUUCAAAGAACGAGGCCUUCAAUUUCCAGGCAAAAUGAUAUAUUGCGUUGGUUCCUUCCGUGAGUUCCUUCCCCCAUUCUGUCUCGUCAAAUUUAUACCAGGCCAGAAUGGGGCACCUUACUCCUCCUACUCUCGAGAUACCAUGUGAAACGUUGGAUCGAAUCGUGCAGCAUUAAUAAAUUUUGAACCAUUCAGAAACCGAGUUUCUGGGGCGACACUAGUCUACCUCUGGGCCGUAUCUGCGUAGAAUAAUAGUUAUGUCAAGUUCCAGAAGUACUUCUUUUUAACAUUAACAUCUUCUGUGGUAUCUUCCUCGCAAUAUUUACAACAAGUUCUUCAAUACAUUUAGCUUCUCUAUUGCACAUUCAAACCUAACUGAGGAACCUUAGCAUUUAUUCAUCUGUCAGCUUUUGAUCAUCUAAAGAUCGCUCACUACAAGAACAUCGAGAAAUAAGAUUAUCAAAAUGGAUCUCCCCGAAUUUGAACCAAAAUUCAUCAAGCUUCAAAACAAGCAUCCCCGUGAAAGCGACGAUUAUCAUUCCUCGAUGUUUUGGGAGAUGGCUAUUCCCAGACUUGCUCGUCACAAGAUGUUGGGCCAGGACCAAAAGAGUGUCACAGACAGAUAUAAUGUAAAGUGUGAAGAAUACUAUGGAGAUACGGUCAACAAUAAUUACUUUAUGUAUUGCUGGGAUAAGACCACCUCGAACUAUUCUUUUCCUGGGGAGAAUUUUGUCGGAUCAGAUCCUGAUCCAGUUUAUUCCGAAGUCUUCGCGCAGUACUUCAAUGAGCAGGCGCAGGUUAGAGACGAGAUGAACAAAUGUGGCGUUCAUGUAGCUGAACAAGUUGACGUCUUGAUGAGCCUUAGCAAGGUUUAUAACAAUCAACUUCAACUUGCACGCAGACCUCUGAAGAAUCUGCCCAGCAGGGCUGCAGCCAGUAUUAACCGCGCAGGUAGUCAGAGUGGCGUUCCAAAGCCGAACUCCCAAGACCGUUUUCCUGAGUGGAUUCCCGCGGAGGAUUAUGAUGCCGAGUCUCCUAAGGUGAAGAGACGCAUGGAAAAGGCUGUUACCAAAGUUUUGAGUGAGCAGGUAGACAGAGAUUGGGUUAUGGUCAAGGACAAUCGGGAUGAUGAUUGGGUUGUGGUGGAGAGAGAAGCAAGAUGAUCACUGAGUCUUGGUUCGAACUGAAGUUCCAGUUUGUCUUUUUGGGUUGUGUUUAUUACAAGACCAUUCGUUGUAGAUGUAAUAUAAUAAGUCAU